UAGAUCUACCGUCCGCCAUUGCGUUCCGCCAUUUUGCUAAGUCGGGAGUGAACGUAAAACAAUUUUUAUGUAUUCCAAUGUGGCAAAUAGUUGUUUAGAUAAAAAUUAGUGUUUUAGUACACUAAUGGCUUGCUUAAAUACACUUAAGUUAGAAAUUAAGACUUUAGAACAAGUGUUUCCUAAAAACCAUGAGCGGUUUCAGAUAAUGUCAGCUAGUGUCGAUGAACUGACCUGCAGAUUCGUUGGCAAAAAUGGAAAGAAAUAUGAAAUACACGCUAAUAUCACGGAAACGUAUCCCAACACACCGCCCGUGUGGUUUGCCGACAGCGAGGAUCCAAUUGUGACGAAUGCUGUCCAGAUCCUCAGCAACACACAAGGAAGGGACAAUCAUGUUAUAAACCAGGUGGGCAUAUUGUUAAGGGAACUAUGCAAAUUACACGGCGUGCCCGAACCGCCGGACUUGGACUCUUUGUCGCUACCCCUCCAUCCAGCACCACAAAUGAGAGUACCGAGCGUCACGUCAAACGGUGCGGAGUCCGGCACCGAAGAGGACGAGGAGAUGGCUGCGGAGGAGGACGACUCCGAGGGGGAGGAUGACUUGCCACUUGAGAUGGUCGACGACGCCGGGCGCAGCAACAAGGAUGAUAUGGAGAUAGAGCAUUUAGCGACGUUAGAGCGGCUGAGGCAGAACCAGCGACAAGACUACCUGUCGGGCAGCGUGUCGGGCAGUCUGCAGGCCACCGACCGCCUCAUGAAGGAGCUGCGCGACAUAUACCGCUCUCACUCCUUCAAGAACAACAUGUAUUCUAUAGAGUUAAUAAACGAUUCACUGUACGAGUGGAACAUAAGACUGCGCUCAGUGGACCCGGACAGUCCGCUGCACAACGACCUGAUGCUGCUGAAGGAGAAGGAGGGCAAAGACUCAAUUCUGUUGAACAUCAUGUUCAAAGAGACGUACCCCUUCGAGCCGCCCUUCGUACGUGUUGUAUAUCCUAUUAUAUCAGGUGGCUACGUCCUCGUAGGCGGCGCAAUAUGUAUGGAACUACUCACAAAGCAGGGCUGGUCGUCCGCGUACACAGUAGAGGCAGUUAUAAUGCAGAUCGCCGCGACUUUGGUCAAGGGCAAAGCGCGCAUCCAGUUCGGCGCGACCAAAGUGGUCUCCCAGUCACAGUAUAGCCUGGCGCGCGCGCAGCAGAGCUUCAAGUGCCUAGUGCAGAUCCACGAGAAGAAUGGUUGGUUCACGCCGCCGAAGGAAGACGGCUAAUGCAGGUCGCCCGCCCUCACAAGCAAAAUGAACGUGCCACGUGCGUCGCUCACACCGUAUACAAACACACUGACGCGACGCGACGCGACUGUCGCAUUCCAAGUUUGUAUGAUGUGUAGUGUACGGAACGGACACUCGACACAGUAUUGUGUACUCUAUCGGUAUAAUAUUAAGUGCUAUUAUGUCAGUGCGGACGUCGCGAGAGACCUUAUAAGACUUAUAGAAAAAAAUGUGUAAUGUUUUUGUAAUCAUUAAUUUUUCUCAUCCAAUUAUCCAUAAUACGGUAGCCUUAGACGUUACUGAAGUGUAAAGUUGGAAACAAAAUUCUUUGCAUUUCCUUUUAGUUAAUGAUGAAAUAAAAGAAAACACCUGUGAUUCGUAAUGAUUA